UGUUUUGUUACUUCCGUUUGAUUGGCUUCUCACACACAAACCGCCGGAUUCCCCCGGAAACUCUUAUGGGGAAAGGUCGUGGCCGUACAACAAGAUGUCGGCGCUCACGAGUGGUGGAGCAGUGAAGGCAAGCGGCUGACGUGCGAUGAUGAGUUCUGGUGUUUUUCUCCAUGUACAGCGAGGGUAAGAGUGGAAAGCAGUCCCCUUUCUACUCACCGCCGUAACGAGCCUUUAGCAGCUUCAUCAACCCCGCGGCGGUAAGGAGGGUACUGCGCCGUCAGGCUGCUUGCCCUGCCGAACUGCGGUGGGAUGUGGCUGCGGGAAACGGGUUCCGGCAAAACCGAGCUCCCAGUCCCCGUGUACGUGCGGGUACGGGCACUGUGGUCCGGCCUCUGCCUUGCUGGGGCGGCGGCUGUCCCCAGGCUUGUGUUACUCCUCUGAGCGCUGCCGCGUGAAAUCCUGGUCCAUGCAGCUGCUGUGUCAUGGUACUGUUUUCUAACUUCUUAAAGAGAGUCAUCUUAAUGUUCACUGUGCUAUAUAAAGUCAUAGGAACUUUUUAAAAAACUUGUCAACUAUAAAAAUGUGGACUAAAGAUAGAGCAGAAGCGACAAUUAGGAAACCAGCUGAAGGCAGAAGUUCCUACAUCAUGCAGCUGAGUGUGCAUGGAAAUGCCUGGCAGGAGUUAAGUGCUGCUUUAUUAGCCAAUGGUAAUUCUGAAAAGUGAACUCUGUAAAAACUUCCCACAGGAGGAGUUUGUGCCAGGAAGCAUGUGUGAUUGCCAGCUACAGUUUCAGGGAGUUGAUUUUUCUUCUUGAAAACGGAAACCACAAUGUCCGUGGUACAUCGGCUGACGGCGGGGUGGCUUGUGGAUCAUCUGUCUUUCAUCAACCAGUGUGGCUAUGAGAUCUGUGACUCCUUUGUGUACCGUGAUGGCAUCACUCUUGAUACUUCUGUUGUAUCUACUAGAGACUGUCAUUCUACUUCUACCUUUGCUGUCACUUCCUCAAGUGAUGGUCCUAUUCCUGGUCCUGAAGAUGCGAUAGAAACAGAAGGUAAACCAGCAAAAACAAGAUACAUGUUCCGGGAGGAAUUCUUUGAUGUUUCUAAGCCCCAUAUAGCUGCAGCUCCUGAGGAGCAGCUGUGGCAGGGGUGCCCUGAGGGGAGUCUCACAGAACUAAAGGCCAGUAGCAACAAAGGGGAACACCAAGCAGAAACCAAGAAUGGUGUCGGAGAUUCUGUUGCCAGUGCUAGGAAGAAACAUAAAAGGAAAUGUGUAUUCAACCAAGGUGAACUGGAUGCUUUACAAUACCAUUCAAAGGUCAGGAAGCUCAUUUGGGAAGGCACAUUGCAUUUAGUGCAAGAAGGACACAAAAGUGGUUUUCUCCACCGCACUAUUCCAGAACCCAGUUGCAGGAAGAAUGCUGUUCCUGGACGCAUUGGCUGUGGGUUGGCUGAAUUAUGUGAAAUGGCAAAGCAACUUCCAUCUGUGAAUGAAAGUGACCAUAAAGCUGUACAAGUGCUAAAUGAUGAAACCUCCAUUCUAGAGCAGGACCUGCUGUCAUGUGUUACAGAAAACAGCUCAAACUGUGCAAAGAUAGUUGAGCUAAUGGGGCAGAAAUACUUGGUGCCACCAAAAAGCAGUUUCCUUUUGUCUGACAUUUCAUGUUUACAGCCUCUGCUGAACUACAAGAAAAAGUAUGAUGUAAUCGUGAUUGAUCCACCAUGGGAGAACAAGUCUGUUAAAAGGAGCAGCAGAUACAGCUACUUGUCAUCAUGUCAAAUCAAGCAGAUUCCUGUACCAGCACUAGCUGCUCCAAAUUGUCUUGUAGUCACAUGGGUGACUAAUAGACAGAAGCACUUACAUUUUGUUAAGGAUGAACUUUAUCCUCAUUGGUCUGUGAAAACACUUGCUGAGUGGCACUGGGUAAAAAUUACUGGAGCUGGAGAAUUUGUAUUUCCUUUGGAUUCUUUACACAAAAAACCCUAUGAAGUUCUUGUACUGGGGAGAGUUCAAGGAGACGUAAAAGAAACCUUAAGGAAAUCUGAAGAUGUACUCCCAGUUCCAGAACAUAAGUUAAUUGUCAGCAUACCCUGCCGUCUGCAUUCACAUAAACCCCCUCUUACUGGGGUUCUGGCAGAAUUUCUCAAGGCAGAUGUGGAAUGCUUGGAGAUGUUUGCUCGCAACCUACAGCCUGGCUGGACCAGUUGGGGAAAUGAGGUUUUGAAGUUUCAGCAUAUGGAUUAUUUCACUGUUCUGCAGCAUGAAGACUGAGUUGGGUCUUGUAGCUUUGUUCUGAAAUUCCACACCUUCUCAGGAGGCUCCCAAACUUGCCUCUAUUAGUGAUGGUGCACUCAGAAGGUAACAGAAAUAAAACCAAUUGCACUUUGGUUAAAAUUCUUGAAGUGAUAGGGUAUCUGUUAAAUAGUAUCUCCAUUUGUAUGAGCUGGUCCUUUAUUUUCAUAGAAUCAUAGAAUAGUUAGGGUUGGA